GGACGGGCGCUGCAGUGCGGGUCUGAGGCCUCAGCGGGGGUGCGCGGCGCGCGGGGCGGGGGCUCCCUCCGCCCUCAGAGGGAAGGAGGCCGCGACCCGGUCACGAGUUACGAUUCGCGAGGCAGCAGAGCCGCCGCGGCGCUCGCCGGCGCACCGCGCCGUCCAACUCUAUUUAACCUCUAAAAACUAUAAUUAUAUUACAUGUAUAACGUACUUAAUAGCAUUUUAUUUUUCCGCGUGAACCUGUAAUUGGAUUACGAGAGCGUCGGAUUAUUACGAUAGACAAUUAAGUGGACUUUGAGUGAAGUGAGUGCCGUCAAAAUGAUUGUCGAAAUACAAGAGGAGGUUAGAGGAAAGAGGCCUUUCAAGAUAUGGGACAGCUCUCGUAAUGUAAGAAAGGGGUUGGUAGUCACUAGCUUUGAGGAGUUAAUACAUAGAGGAAAGGAGAAGUUAUCGGUAGCAGCGAGUGAGCCCGUGCGGCUGGUGCUUGAGAGCGACGGGACGCAGGUGGAGGACGGCGAGUACUGGCGGACUCUGCCCCCCAACACCGUGCUGCUGCUGCUGCGGCAGGGCGAGCGAUGGUACCCCACUGGAGUCGACGUCAUCAAGGCCGCGAUAUCGGCAAUACCAAAAAUAGUAUGCGAAACGAUCCACGCGCUCGAGUUGCACGAUGAGACUCCUUCAUGGAAGAUCAUGGACAACAAGGGGCGAGUUACCGUGGUGCUGCACUGGGACCAGCGGCCGCAGGCGUCGCCCGCCGCGCGCUCGCCGAGCCGCCAGGCCAAGCCCGACCGCCGGCCCUCGCUGGUCAUCCAGACGUCGCUAGACAGGCCGCAGCCCCCGCCGCCGCACAUCACCGUCGUCAACCACGACGAGCCGGGGCCCGCGCGCGGCCGCCUGUCGCGUGCCUCCUCCUCGCUCGACCACCACGUGCACACGGCGGAGUGCCGCGCCGCCGCGCCCCCGCACGCCGGCCCGCACUCCGCCCACGCCCCGCCCCCGCACCAGCACAGGCCUCCCACGGACGAGUGCGACUUCCACUGCUGCGCUCUACACGAGGAGGGCCGGCGCAUCGCCGUGCACAAAAGCGUAGCUACGUCGCCCAUACAAGAUUCCCAACCGCGCGCUUCACCACAGGGUCGGCCGAAGGGCCACGUUCGCUUCCUGGACGCUGAAUCGGCCCGGCGCGGCGAGCGGGACUCUUCCGAAAGUGAAACGGAAAACACUCUGGUCGAAGACGAGGCUGUGACGUCAGAGAAGUUUCUUCUUCUAAUAGAUCAGCUCAGCGUCGAUCAGAAACGCCAUCUCACCAUUAAAGAUAUAGGUAUCAUAUUAGAAAGAUUAAGCUCGAAAAUAUUGGACGUCGAGAGGCUCGACCGCGAAUCGGAGUCGGACGAUUGUUACAACUGGACGAUCAAGGCGACCAUACGCGGGGACGCGCUCCGGGAGCUGGGCGUGAUAUACAACGGCAACUACUACGCGAUCAGUGAACACCCGGGCUACCGGGAGGAGAACGAGGAGGCGGGAGACGAGGGCGAGGAGGAAGAGGAAGAGGACAGGCUCUGAUCGGGCCUGUGCGGCGCCGCCGUGCCCGCCGCCGCCGCGCUCCGCCUGGCGCUGUGCCGCGUCGCCGCACGCUGAUCGCCGCACUGCCCUCGUCGCAACGCCCACUGCCCGCCGGAUCUCCCCCGUGUGACACGACUCGACGGAACCGCAUCCGAUCGCCGCGCACUUUCCGAACGUGUUUUAUAGAAGAAUUCGAAUUCAUUCUGGUGCAUCGGGUACGUGUUUGACUACAAUUUUAGCGACUUUUUGGCUCGGAACGUAGUUUAGAGCGUGAUAGGUCGCACUUAGAGACUUUUAUGAAAUUUUGCCGCGGUCGCCUCGCGCCGUCCUCGCGACUUCGUCUGCGGGGCGAGGCGAUGCCGAGGCCUAGUUAAUAAAUAGUGAAAUUAAUAUAAGUAAAACUGACUUCCUAUCGUUUUCUAAGAUGACUAAUUAAGCGUGCCGCCGACGAUCACGACGGUCGCUCAGUUCCCGCGCCUGUGCUGGGAGCGAGCGGCAACGUGUACACGAUGUAUUGCGCCGUCAACAGACAUGGUAUCUGCACAAAUGUAUAUCAUCGAGUUUGUUUUCAGUAUGUAAUUAGAUAUGUAAUAAAUUAUACACAAUUUAGCGACUACUCAAGAAAUCAAAUUUCAUAAUACAUUAGUAUAUUUGGUACGAAUUAACGAUUUUAUCUCCUCUCCGACUUUACAGUGUGCCAAAUUUUCGUAUUACUUUACAACCGUGCUUUAUUUAUUUUCUAUUUUGGCCUAAGCAUCGUUUACAAUUUUUACAAACUUCCUUGUUACGUUGGUCACUUACAUCGUUCAUAAUGUAACACGACUCUAUAUAUACGUGAAUAAAAAACAAUAAAUAUAGAAAAAUUAGUCUAUUAUACACGAGACGUUCGUAUUCGGUAUAGGAAAUUAAAUAAUUACAGGAUAAGGCAAAAUAAUAUUGCUCAUAAUAUAUUCGUUUAUGUACAACGUGUUUGCGAUAUCGGUUGUCGGAUAGGGAAUAGUUGGGUCUUCUGGUAAAGGAGUCUGCUGUCUGAGCGAGCAGAUACUGUAUCGUAGACUGCACAGAGUCGCUACCUUGCAACAUUCGACCUUUGAAGGACACAGGCUUGUCGUCGAUGCCGGAAUAGAAAGCGAUACUUCAGAGAGAGUGAGUUAGGAAAUAUGAUACCUAGAUAAAAUAAAUUAUACUUACUAAUCGAUAAAAUUACACUGUUAUAAAAGAGGUUGUAAUAAAAAUAUGAAUAAACCACGAUUGCAUCUUAUCAUCGUGCAGAAUCGACAUGGUAGUAGUAAGUUGGGUCUUGUAUCUAGCUCUAUGGUAUUGUAGUAUUAUUGUAACGUUUUUAAUUUUUGUAUAGUACAGUCAUGACACACUGUUGUAUGAUAUAUGAAAUUUAAUAAGUUUUACAGUCCCGCCGGGGCGUCAUAAAUUGUAUAGUUAUUUAAGGUUAAUAUUAAUGAUUAUUAAAUUAUUAUUGGGUAAGUACAGGUCACCAACACAUGUCAUGGAUGAGAGGUCACGGUUCACGCGUAAUGUCUAGUUUGGUGCACGGAGCCUGUACGUGUUAUGUGAUGUCUUUUUAUUGUUUAAUUAUUAAUAAUAUUGUGUUAAAUAGUCCAUGAAAUCGCAUCGAAAUCCGAAUACUCCGAUAAGAGCUUUAAUUGUUUCUGCUCAAUAUUAUACAAAAUACCUUUAGAAAUUAGUCACAAUUAGGCUUGUCUAUAACCAAAUCUACCGUAAUCAUAAAUUUAAUAUAGCUAUUGAAAAAUGUAUCUAUUCGUAUACAUUAAUUUAGAUGGUUUUGAAAAAAUGAAUUUGAGAUUGUCUCUACAAUAGAGACAACACUAUGUAUCUACCUAAUUAUAUAAAUAGUCGAAUUAAAAAAAGCACCGUUUCUAGCAAAUUCCAAUAUCAGAAAAAUAUAUAUAUAUCUAUUGUACUUAAUUACUAAAUGAAACACUUCAUAACUGUUUCUUCAUCACGGUAUAGGUAUUGAAGGCAAUAAAAAUAUACUUUCUAAGUAGGUACCUAUGUAUACACAUAUUGUUUACAUUUAUACACAUAAAUAUAAAAAAAGCGAUGUUCAUGGACUAUUUCAUACCGUCUUUUGAUAUUUUGAUACAUGAUUAGAAAUUUUAUUUUAAGGAGUUUGAUAAUGUGCAUUUGUUAAAUAAUUAAUUAAUUUCUAAAAUUACUCUUACUAAUAAAUUAAGGCGAAUCUACUACAGAACAAGUGGCUGAGUUUUUAUGAAGCAUUGUGGAUUUUAGGAUACCUACUUUAAGAGAAUUUGUACCUUUAACGGUGUAUAAAAAUAGUUUCAUGUCAAACGAACUAUGAAACCGACAAAACACGAAACAAGAUAUGUUUGAUACUUAAUUUCGUCAUAUAGAAGUCUAAUUUCCCAGAUAAUUUUAUAAUUUUUAAGUGUACAUUUUAAAUAUUUAUCUUCAUUAGUUAACGUUAGUGAAGAGUCUAUUAUUGGCUUUUAAUUU